UAUAACACGGAAGCCUACCUCACCCAAUGGUCGAAAGAAAAGACAGCUAGUUGGAUUGUAAUAAUUGGUGAAAAGGACAUCGAUAAAUUAAUAUCGAUCAGUCACGUGAAUGCAAUCCAAGGCGAUCGAUCCGUACGAGUCGAUUUUGUCACACCAGACAAAAAAGGACGAUGCUACCUGACAGUAUUCAUUAUGUCCGAUUGUUAUCUAGGAAUCGAUCAAGAGCUACAAAUUAAAGCCGAGCUAUUGUGA